UUCUUAUUGCAGCUGAACACGGGUGUGCCGCACACUUCCCCGCUGCCGGCGCACGGUGUGUGUGUGUGUGUGUGCGUGUGUGUGUGAGCAGCUCUGUCUUUCUACAGGGAGAAGGUGCUAGUGUUAGCGACACACUGCCAACAUGCCUAAGGUUCAAUUGCCAGAAACAGACGAACACUUGCGUGCAUUCGCUGAGAAGGUGUUCGCCUCUGAAACCAAGGAUGAAGACGUCCGUGAGGAGAUCUCCCUGUUCGGAGUGGCUGAGUGCCCCAUUCUCAAUGAGGAACUGGCUCACCACAUAACCAUGGAUGAUGAUAUCGAGAGACGCAAGAAGCACUUCCUUCGCUCCCAACAGUUGGAAGAAACACCAACCUAUCUCGAGGUGCCUCACUUCCAGAGGGUGACCAUCACAGGAGACUAUGCCUCUGGGGUAACAAUGGAUGACUUUGAGGUGGCCUGCAAGGGUCUGUACCGUGCUUUGAACAUCAGGGAAAAGUACAUGAGGCUGGCUCUUCAGAGAUACCCCCAAACCGUGUCUCAAUACCUGUGCGAGAUCGAGGGGGAGAAGUGGAAACCAGACGAUCAGGUGCAGCCAGUCUUCACUUCACCUCCUAAAGGAGGAGAGGAUCCUUUCAACACCAAGUCUCUGGCUGCUAAAACUGGCUACGUGGCUCGCAUGCGGGAUGGUGUCAUCUAUGUCUACAAAGAUGCAGCAGCUGCAGACAAACACCAGCCUUUGCCCUUGCCUGUUCCUGACUACACCACCUUCAUUGAUGACAUGAACUUCCUCAUUGCCCUCAUUGCCCAGGGCCCAACAAAGACGUACACUCACCGUCGUCUGAGGUUCCUCAUGUCCAAGUUUAACGUGCAUGAGAUGCUGAAUGAAAUGGAGGAGAUGAAGGAGCUCAAGAAAAACCCCCACAGGGACUUCUACAACUGCAGGAAGGUCGACACUCACAUUCAUGCUGCUGCCUGCAUGAACCAGAAGCAUCUUCUGCGCUUCAUCAAGAAGUCCUACCGAGUAGAUGCUGACCGAGUGGUGCACAAUAUCAAGGGCAAGGACAUGACCCUGAAGGAUCUCUUCGCCCACCUCAAUCUGCAUCCCUAUGACCUGACCGUGGAUUCACUGGAUGUGCAUGCUGGUAGACAAACCUUCCAGCGCUUUGAUAAGUUCAAUGCCAAGUACAACCCUGUGGGGGCCAGUGAGCUGCGUGACCUUUAUCUGAAGACUGAGAACCAAAUUGGAGGAGAAUACUUCGCCACCAUCAUUAAGGAAGUGGCCAGUGACCUCGAGGAUGCUAAGUACCAGUAUGCCGAGCCUCGUUUGUCCAUCUAUGGCUGCAGUCCCAGUGAGUGGACAAAACUCUCCAGCUGGUUCAACAAAAACAGGGUGUUUUCCCCUAACUUCAAGUGGAUGAUUCAAGUACCUAGAAUCUAUGACAUUUUCAGAGCCAGGAACUUCGUGCCUCACUUUGGGAAGAUGCUGGAGAAUAUCUUCAUGCCCAUUUUCCAGGCCACCAUUGACCCCCAGUCCAACCCUGAACUGAGCAUCUUCCUGCAAUACGUCACCGGCUUUGACAGUGUGGACGACGAAUCCAAGCACAGCGGUCACAUGUUCUCCACCAAGAGCCCUAAGCCAAACGAGUGGGACAUUGUGAAGAACCCAUCUUACACUUACUACAUCUACUACAUGUAUGCCAACAUUGCCGUGCUCAACCAGCUGCGCAAGGAGAGAGGAAUGAACACGUUCCUGUUCAGGCCACACUGUGGAGAGGCAGGAGCUAUCACCCACCUGCUGGCCUGUUUCAUGACAGCUGACAACAUUUCUCACGGCCUCAACCUCAAGAAGAGCCCGGUCCUGCAGUAUCUGUACUUCCUGGCCCAGGUCCCGAUUGCCAUGUCUCCUCUUAGCAACAACAGUCUCUUCCUGGAGUAUAACAAGAAUCCACUGCUGGAGUUCCAGAAGAAGGGCCUGAUGGUGUCUCUGUCCACUGAUGACCCCAUGCAAUUCCACUACACCAAGGAACCCUUGAUGGAGGAAUAUGCCAUCGCAGCUCAGGUGUUCAAGCUCAGCACCUGUGACAUGUGCGAAAUCGCAAGGAAUAGCGUGCUGCAGAGUGGCUUGUCACAUGAGGAGAAGGUUCAGUUCCUGGGUGCUAAUUAUUUGAAGGAAGGUCCAGAAGGCAACGAUAUACGCAAGACAAACGUGGCUCAGAUCCGUAUGGCCUAUCGCUACGAGACUCUGUGCUAUGAGCUCAACCUCAUUAAAGAAGGCGUCAUGGGUGAAUAAAUUGUUAUAAACUCAUGUUCUCUAACUCACACAAAUACACACAGGUUUCUGCCUUAAUCUGUAGCACAUAACCAUAUUUUAGACCCAUUGAUAAACAACUGGUUAUGUUAAAAAACCAAAGUUAAUGUUGUGUAUACAGAAUAAAAUGAGAUUUUUUUGAACA